AUGUUCGCCGCCAUCGUCGCCGCCCUCGCCGCCGCCUUGGCCAUGGCGCCCGUCGCCGCCCGGGGAUGCGGCCACCAGCCGUACUCGCGGCGCAUGCUGGACAGCAUCAAGCUGCGGCAGCAGGGCGUCAUCUCCUCGGGCGCGGCAUCCAGCACGCUCGAGAACGGCAUCCUCGCCCUGGCCAUGCACGAGACCCUCGCCCAGUACCCCGACGCCCCCUCCCGCGACGACGACGGGCGCUACCUCGUCGGCGUGCUCGACAGCGCGUCGCGGCCGUACACAAACGCCACCUGGGCGGCGACCCGUCCGCUCGACCGCUUCUCCCUGGCCACGGGCAUCGAGCGGGCCGUCUCGUCGGGCUUGCCCGUCACGCCCGCCUCGACGACGGCAUACGAGGCCAUCAACGCGUCCCUCGCCCUGCAGCGGCGCAACCCCGACUCGGGGCUCUGGUACUUUGUCUACACGGAGUGGAGCUACCUCGACGGCAUGGUCUCCCUGCUGCCCUUCAUGGCCGGCGCCGCGCACCCCAACGAGACGGACAUGCGGCUGCAGGUCCAGCUGCUCGAGGACCAUUGCCGACGGCCCGACGGCGGACCGCCUCUCCUCGUGCACGGAUACGACUGGUCGCGCAAGGCCGUGUGGGCGAACAACAUGACGGGCGCGAGCCCCUACGUCUGGGGACGGUCGCUCGGCUGGUUCCUCGCGGGCAUGGUGCAGACGUACGAGCGUUACGACUGCGGCGCGGGGUCGUCGUCGUCGGACAAGCCAUAUCGCCCGCUGUGCAGCCAGGUGCGCAACGUGACGGUCCAGAUCGUGGACGCGCUCGUGGACCUUGCCGACGGCGAGACGGGCGCCUGGUGGCAGCUGCCCACGUUUCCCAGGCGCGCGGGCAACUACCUCGAGAGCUCCAGCACGGUGCUCUUCAUCUUUUCCAUCCUCAAGGGGCUGCGGCUGGGGCUCGUGAGCGACGGCCCCAAGGGCUUGCAAAAGGCGGCGCUGCGGGCGUACGAGUACACGACGAGGGCGUUCGUCACCGACGUGGGCAAGGGGAACGGCACCAUUGGGUUCGACAAGACGGUGGCCGUCUGCAGUCUCAACUCGACGGCGACGUACGAGUACUAUACGUCUCGGCCGAUUCUGCCUGAUAGCCUGCUCGGAGAGUCGACGUUUAUCCUCGCCGCGUUGGAGGUUGAGCGUCUCAACGGGCACAAACGAUGGCAAUAG